AUGGCCAAAAAGGAAACACUGAGCCUCGGUAAGGCUGAUAUGGUCAAGGACUUGGGAGAGGAGCAUAUUGAGGAGGUUGCUCUGGCACGGUUGACCGAAGAAGACCUCUGGAGGCUGUCUCAGGAGUCGCUGUCCGUUUGGUCAUGGACUGGAUUCCGUCUGGGCCUCAUUAUGUUCGUACAUGGCUGCAACCAAGCCGGCUACGGAAUCGACUGGGGUGUCAUUAGUGGCAUCAAUGCGUUGGAUUCGUGGCAUGCAUACUUUGGUUUCGGGACCAGUGGCAGUACAUACGGCCUAAUGAAUGCCCUGAUGAGCAUUGGUUCCGUCUGUGGCGCUCCAUUCAUGGCCUUCGCAGACGUGAUCGGCCGUCGGGGUAUCAACUUCACUGGCAAUGCCAUUGUUAUUUUCGCCGCCCUCCUGCAGGGCUGCGCAGUUAAUCUGGACAUGUUCAUGGCGGGCCGCUUCUUCAUGGGCUUCGGCACGGCACUGAUGUCUAGCUCUCAGUACAUCGGUGAAAUUUCCCCGAUCCACCUCCGUGGUCGCAUGGUCGGCUUUUUCGGCGCUUGCUUCCAAGUAGGCAGUCUCGUCAUGCUGGGCGCCAUGGUAGGUCUCUCGAAGCUGUCUGGUAACAAGAGCUGGCGUAUCUCCCUGAUCCUCGAGGCUGUGUUCCCGGCCAUCGUGUGCUUGACCAUCUAUGUGUUGACCCCCGAAUCACCCCGAUACUAUGUAAUGAGAGGCAACCGACAAAAGGCCAAGGAGGUUGUGGCGAAAUACCACACCACGAGCACGGACAUCAACGAACCGAUCGUUGAGAUUGUUGUUUCGCAGAUUGAGGAGUCUCUUGAGAAUGAUAAAACGGGAUAUCGAGCUUUCUGGGAUUUCAGGGUCUUCUUCACCAAGCUUGCUCGUUAUCGACUCCUUGUUUUGACCCUGUACUCGUUCUUCCAACAAUGGAAUGGUGGAGGAAUCAUCACAUACUAUAUGGUCGAUGCGCUGAAUACAAUCGGAAUUACAGACACAAUCCCUGUACUAGGUAUUUCCAUUGGCACGACAGCCACGUAUUUUGUCUUCACUGCCGUAGGCUCUCUUCUUGUCGACAAGUUCCGUCGACGAACUCUUAUAUUUGCCGGUCUUGCUACAAUGAUUAUAUUCCAGACAGCCACCACAAUAACCUCAUGGCGGUUCAGUCUUCACGAAACCCAUGCAGCCGCGUCUCUGACCCUGCUCUGGAUUUUCUUGUAUCAGACCUGUUCUGCGACAUUGAUUGCCACGAUGCAUAAUCUUUAUCCGGUUGAGAUUCUCUCCUUGUCCCUUCGUGCCAAGGGGAUGGGUUUAUACAGUCUCAUCCAGGGCGGUGCCAGUGCCGCACAGACCUAUGGAAUCAGUGUCGGUAUUGCUAAACUCGGGUAUAAGAUUUGGGUGGUGUACAUUGCAUACAACAGUAUCCAGCUGAUCCUGUCGUAUUUCGUUUUUCCCGAAACCGGCGGAUUGAGUUUGGAGGAGAUUGAUGCCGUAUUUGAGACACCUGGUGUCAAUCCCGUCAAAAUGUCCCUUGACAUCCAGAAGGCCAAGAAACAGAGAGCAGCUACGCGAGACGAGGAGGCCAGAACUGAAUAUUGA